AUGUCUUCCAACGCAUCUGUGAUCGAUGAAAAGUCACUACAUCUAGUAGAUGUUGAGGAGCAAGUUGAAGUCAAACGUCCUGUUAAACGGUUGUUCACUCCAUUAGUAUCGAAAUAUGUUCCACAAACCAAGUUAGAGUCUGAAAGAAAGCCUUUACCAUUAUUUUCAACAAACAUUUUCUCCAAAAUAUUCCUGUUUUGGGUGUUUCCAUUGCUAAAUAUUGGGUACAAAAGAACUAUUGAACCUUCUGAUUUAUGGUAUCUUGAUGAUAGCCUCAAAGUCGACAAUGCUUUUUUGAAGUUUCAAGAGAAUUUAGAUGCCAUUUUGACCAAAUAUAGAGAAAAAAAUCCAGAUUCAGAAAGUUUCCCAAGAUUUGCUAUAAUACUUGCCAUUUUCAAACUCUACAAAUGGGAAUAUUCAACUGCUGUUGUCAUGAAAUUGAUCUCAACUGCUUUUGAAGCUUUGACACCGUUGGUUACCAGGUAUCUAAUCUCAUUUGCUGAAGAGAAAAGACUCGUUCCAGAUACUCCUACUGGUCGUGGUGUCGGAUUAUGUCUUGGUGUCUCUCUCAUGAUGAUUAUCAUUGGAUUUUUACAAAAUCAAUCUUUAAUUUUAUCCAAGUUUGUCGGUGGUAAUUCAAGAACAAUCUUAACUAAAGCCUUAUUAGAGAAAUCAUUCAUUGCUAGUUCUGAGACCAAACACAAUUUCCCAAGUGGAAAAAUCAUUUCUCUAAUCAGCGGUGACAUAUCAAGAAUUGAUCUUGGAUUUUCUAUGCUCCCUUUUGGUUUAGGUUUUCCAAUCCCUUUGAUAAUUGGUAUUGCGAUACUUAUUGUUAACAUUGGGGUUUCUGCUCUAGCUGGUAUUGCUGUGUAUGUUCUCAUUAUGGUUAGUGUCUCUUUUCCUGCAAAAUCAUUGUUGAAUUUAAGAAUGAAAGCAAAUGUCCACACUGAUGAGCGUGUAUCUAUUAUGAGAGAGAUAUUACAAUCUAUGAAAAUGAUUAAGUUUUAUUCUUGGGAAAAUGCUUAUGAAGCUUCUGUCAGAGAAAUAAGAAAGAACGAAGUCUCCUAUGUUUAUAAGGUGCAAAAUGUGCUGAAUUACAUUUUUUCUCUUUCAUUUUGUGCACCAUCUAUUGUUUCAAUGACUGCUUUUUUGGUUUUAUCAGCUGUCAAAAAAGAUCAAGAUGCUGCAAGAAUAUUUUCGUCACUUUCCUUGUUUGGUUUGUUGUCUACCCAAUCUAUCAACCUUCCUUAUACAAUAUCAUUUGUGAUGGAUGCUAUUUCUGGUUCAGAUAGAAUCACAAAGUACCUUAAAUCUUCAGAGCAAGAGUUUGAUCUCGAAAGUUUUUAUAAUGAUUCAUUGAUAAAGGAUAAGGAUAUUGCAAUCAAGAUCCUACAUGGUGAUUUUGAAUGGGAAACUUUUGAUAAUGAAGAUGAAAAGGAUAAAGUUGACCCAAACAAAGUUGAAGGUGAUAUUGAACUUGGUUUGCUAAACGACGGUGAUACCAAUGAGAAAACCGCAGGUGAUUUUGUUCUUAAAGAUAUCAAUUUAGAUAUCUAUAAAGGUGAAUUUUUGGUGAUAACAGGGGUCAUAGGAUCCGGAAAGUCAUCAUUAUUGUCAGCAAUUACUGGAUUCAUGAAGAAAACUAGUGGUGAUGUCGGUGUCUCUGGCUCGGCUUUGUUGUGUGGUGCACCAUGGAUCCAGAAUGCAACCAUUAAAGAGAACAUUUUAUUUGGUACACAAUAUGAUUCAGAUAGAUACAGAAACACAAUCAAAGCAUGUGCUUUUGAUAGUGAUAUAAAGGAAUUGCCUGCUGGUGAUAUGACAGAAAUUGGAGAAAGAGGAGUCACUUUAUCUGGUGGUCAAAAGGCAAGAUUGAGUUUGGCAAGAGCUGUUUACACAGAUAAAGAUAUAUACCUUUUCGAUGACAUUUUGAGUGCAGUUGAUGCAAAUGUUGGUAAACAAAUCACUGAAAAUUGCUUAUUGGGCGUCCUUUCUGAUAAGACCAGAGUUAUUGCUACACAUCAAUUAUCACUGAUCAAAAAGGCUGACCGUAUUGUUUUUUUAAAUGGUGAUGGAACAAUUGACGUUGGUACUGAGGAUGAAUUGAGAGCCAGAAACUUGAAAUUUGUUUCUUUGAUGAAACAUACUACAGAUGCGGAAGACCCUGAAAAAGACAGAACAAAAGAUCAUAUAGAUGCAAUAGAUGGCCAGCCAGAGUCUAAGAAAAAACAGAAUGGUGCUUUAUAUGGAAAUGAAGAACGUGCUAUCAAUAGUAUUCCACUUUCUGUUUAUAAACAAUAUUUGAAUGCUGGGUCUAAUGGAUGGGGUUUCGGAAUGUUUGUAUUAUUAUUUGCUCUUAUUGUUGUUGGUACAUUUUGUUACCUGUUCACAAACGUCUGGCUAUCAUACUGGGUUGAUAAUCAUUUCAAAGGGAUGGGAAAAGGUACCUAUAUGGGGAUCUAUGUUUUGCUCAGUGUAGUUACGGUUUUCUUCACUGCUUCAGAAUUUAUACUGUUGGGAUAUGUUCUUGUUAGGGCAUCUCAGGUGUUGAAUCUUCAAGCUGUAUCAAAAGUUUUGCAUACACCAAUGAAAUUCAUGGAUACCACACCGGUUGGUAGAGUCAUUAACAGAUUUUCAAAGGAUACCAAUACGUUGGAUAAUGAGAUUGUUGAAAAUAUAAAAAUAUUUAUCUAUAUGCUCUCUUCAAUUGUUGGUGCCAUUAUUUUAGCUAUUGCCUACAUUCCAUGGUUUGCAAUUGCCGUUCCAUUUUUUAUUAUUUUAUUCGUUGGUGUGACAAAUUACUAUCAAGCAACUUCAAGAGAAGUUAAAAGAUUGGAAGCUAUUGUUCGGUCUCACAUUUUCAACAACUUGAAUGAAGUAAUGAAUGGUAUGAAUACAAUCAAGGCUUAUAACGCCGAAGAAAGGUUUCUUGACAAAAACAGUUUGUUUUCAGAUAAGUUAAAUGAAGUUUACAUUGUUGUUUUUGUUUGUCAAAGAUGGAUCAGUUUGACUCUUAAUGCAUUAGCAAGUGUUUUGGUCUUCCUUGUUACUAUUUUGGCUGUUACUGGACAAUUUAAGAUUAGUGCUGCUAGUGUGGGGUUAUUGACAACUUAUAUGAUGGAAAUGGCUUCCAAUUUUGCUGCAAUUUUGAAUGUAUUCACCCAAAUUGAAAACCAAAUGAACUCUGUGGAAAGAAUUUGUCAUUAUGCUUCAUCUUUGGAACAAGAAUCCCCAUAUAUGAUCUCUGAAACUACACCAGAUCCAAGCUGGCCGUCUGCUGGUAGUAUUGAGUUCAAGAAUGUCUCUUUUAGAUACCGUGAAAAUCUCCCACUUAUUUUGAAAAGAUUGACAUUACAUGUUGAUGGUGGUGAAAAAAUUGGUAUUUGUGGACGUACAGGUGCCGGUAAAUCGUCUAUCUUAACAGCACUUUAUCGUUUGAAUGAACUGGCUGGUGGUGAAAUUACAAUUGAUGGUGUUGACAUUAGCAAAUUAGGGCUACACAGCUUGAGAUCAAAGUUGACAAUCAUUCCUCAGGAUCCGACUUUAUUUCAAGGGGACAUUAGAAAGAAUUUAGAUCCAUUUAAUGAGUGCACUGAUGAUAAAUUAUGGGAUGCUUUGAGAAGAAGUGGCUUGAUUAAUGGUGAUGAUUUAGAUGAUAUCAAGCUUCAGACCAAUGACAAUUAUCACAAAUUCCAUCUUGAGAGUAAAGUUGAAGAUGAAGGGUCCAACUUUUCAUUAGGUGAACGUCAGUUAGUAGCAUUGGCAAGAGCCUUGGUUCGUCAAUCCAAAAUUUUGAUUCUUGAUGAAGCCACCUCAAAAUUCAAAGAUUGCACAGUGUUAUGUAUUGCACAUAGAUUGAAGACUAUUUUGAAUUAUGAUAAAAUUUUGGUUUUGGAAAAAGGAGAAGUUGAAGAAUUUGAAGAACCAGCAACUCUAUAUCAUAAAGGUGGCCGUUUCAGAGAAAUGUGUGAGAGUGCUAGCAUCACAGCAAGUGAUUUUGAGUAA